AUGCCCCACCAUCCCAUCAGAGUUGUGUCGUUGCUUCGCCCCGCCCCCGCUUUCACCUCAAGAAGUUUUCUUCCCUCCACCUCCACGCUUCGUUUCUGCAACAACAAACCUCUCUUCCAACCUGCAAUUCGUACCCGAUCCUUUCAUCAAUCAUCCGCAAAUAUGGUCGUCCGAGUCUACUUCGAUUGCAAAUGGUUUGGCCCCAACGUCGACGUCGACGCCCAAGGCAACGUCAUCAGCAAGGGAAAUCUGGAUGUUGAGCAAUCCGGUCGUGUCAACUUCGAACUUUUCGACGAUGUCGUCCCCAAGACGGCCGAGAACUUCCGCGCGCUGUGCGAGAAGGAGCAGGGCCAGGGAUACAAGGGCUCCCGCUUCCACCGCGUGAUCCCGGAUUUCAUGCUCCAGGGUGGUGACUUCACCCGUGGCAACGGAACCGGUGGCCGCUCCAUCUACGGCGAGAAGUUCCCCGAUGAGAACUUCAAGCUCAAGCACACCAAGCCGUUCCUCCUGUCCAUGGCGAACGCUGGCCCCAACACCAACGGCUCGCAGUUCUUCAUCACCACCGUCGUGACCUCUUGGUUGGACGGCAAGCACGUUGUCUUCGGACAGGUCCCGGAUGGCGACACGUCGUCUUACAAGGUCGUCCGCAGCAUCGAGGCCGUCGGCACCUCGAGCGGCGCCCCCAAGUACGGUCGCAACACCAACAAGGAGCCUGUGAUCCAGGGCUGUGGCGUCGCCUAA